AUGCCCAUUGUGGGCGCACUCCUUCUGGCAAACACCAUCGCGGCCUUCGUUCUUGCGCUGUUCAAUGCAGCCACGCUAGAUCUGUCCCACCACGAUCGGCCUGUGCCCGAAUACCUUGCGACACAUGGUGUGCAGGUCAGAGCCCAGCUCGUGCUCUUCUGGUGUGUAGUACCGUUCGUGUACGUCCUUGUCUCGGCGUGCGAGUACAUCUGCCUUUGGACGAAUCGAUUGAACCCCAUUUGGAUACUCGUGUCCUCUAUCGUGGCGAUCGGUGCUUGGGUCUUGCAGAUCGUGCUCUGGUCGUACUGUAUUGGGGGUUACGACGAUAUACCUGGAUACUGUCCUUGGGUGUAUCGAGAGCCUUGGGGCUGGUAUCCAUCGUGGUCUGUUGCAAGUCCUGGGGGAGCGCGGUGGGCAGUCCCAACAAUUUUCAUACUCUACAUCAUCCAAAUCGCCUUCGCAGCCCUCGUCGUCAACCGUCAAAGAAGAACAUGCUUCCGCAAAUCAGACAUGAGGCAAUCCUGGGCUGGCAAACUGGAAGAAGUCGAUGGCAGCAACCUCAGAUCCCCCGAUGACUAUCAUCACAGCGACUUUACGACCGCCCUCUCAGCAUCCACCAAGCCCAAGCUGCACUGGACCAAAUGCAGGUUCACCGGUGAUGAAGAUGACGGUCAGACCAAGUGCGCCAACAUGACGGUGCCGCUCGACUGGAACAAUCCACAAGCCGAUCAAAACAUUACCAUCGCCAUAGCGAGAUCCCGCUGUGCUGACCCAGAAACCCGCAAGGGCACCAUCUUCUACAGCCUUGGCGAACCUGCUCCUGCAUUGGAGGGCGUGAGCGGGCUGUCGGAUCUCUUAAAGUCGCAUUUCGAUGUCGUAACGAUGGACCCUCGCGGCAUGGGCCAAAGUUCACCCCUGAACUGUACCGAAAUGGGGGUUUACUGCUCGUCAGACUGGCCCAGCACACAAGAAGAAUUCGAUGCCAACAAGCAAUGUGUACGCGAUAACGUCGAGCAAUGCUACGCCAAUGACCCUCUCAUCAAGUACAUGGACACCCGCUCCAUAGCUCGUGACGUCGAAGCCGUUCGUCGGGCCCUCGACGACGGCAAACUCAACUUUUUCGGUCCCUCAUGGGGCUCACAUCUCGCCACGACGUACCUGGAGCUAUUCCCAGACAAUUUCAACGCCAUGUUGCUCGACGUCGUCCUCGACCACACCGUCCCGCCAUUUGAAACUCUUCUCGGCUUCGAGCAAGCAGCCCAAGCCGCCUUCAACGGCUUCGCGACGUGGUGCAACGCCAACGAGACCUGUCCCCUCCAAGACCAAGACAUCCAAGAAGUUACCGCCCGCGCCAUGAACCUCGCCAGCAACAACGCAAGCUGUCUCCUCGAGUCGACGUGGCGCCACCUCGAACACCACCACUACGGCAAGGUCGCGGACCUCCUCUCUCUCGCCUCCGACCCUUCGACAGCAGACGCACCAAUCCUCCAACACCUCCCCGCCUGCGAUGAAGAACUCGAAGUCAUGAACAGCAGCAUCCCAGUCCCCAUCGACCUCUUCGCCAUCAACUGCCACGACGCCCCGACGUCCGACCUCACCCUCGCUGACCUCACCCACCAAAAACCCUUCCUCGAUGCCGCAGCUCCGACCUUCCGCUCCAUGGCCCUUCUACGAGACGAUCACAUCGCCUGUGCGGGGUUCCCUUUCGCCGCCUCGCGCAACACACCGCACGAACUGCAUUUCCCGCAGCGCUCACGACUGCCGAAAGUUCUGGUUGUCAACUCGCUGGACGAUAUGAGGACGCCGCCGGGGGGAGCAGCGAACGUCGCAGCGCAGAUCCCUGGGGCGGUCUUUGUCAGGACGAAGAUGGUGGGACAUACGAGUUACGGGCGGGAGGGAAGUGUGGUGACGGAGAUGGUGGAUAGGUAUUUCAUUGAGGGUGAGCUUCCGGAGGAUGAGAGUGUUGUUGAUGUUUAA